AUGCACUCUAUUCCUCGGCCUCCGUCUCACAGCCAGCAUGGAGAGAUCAUCAUUGACUAUGAAAACGAAUCUUAUCAACAUCAGACGCAAGAAUUCAUGAGACAUUUACCAGCUUACACCAAGAAAUACAUUGUGGGGUUAUUUCCAAUUGCAACUUGGUUGCAUAGAUAUAAUUUGCAGUGGUUAGUUCGUGAUUUGAUUGCAGGUGCUACCGUAGGCAUUGUGAUUGUUCCUCAAAGCAUGGGCUAUGCAAAAAUUGCUGAGCUACCUCCUCAGUACGGUCUAUACACUGCGUUUGUCGGUUUGUGCGUGUACUGUCUGUUUGCUACCUCUAAAGAUAUCAGUAUUGGCCCUACAGCCGUGAUGUCUCUUCUUGUGGGACAAACUGUGACCCGUGUUGUUUCUGCGGAUCCAACUAUCACAGGUCCCGAAAUUGCAGUUGCUCUCAGCCUAUUCACAGGUAUCAUUGCCAUGUUUAUCGGUCUCGUGCGGUUAGGUAUCUUGGUUGAUUUCAUCCCAGCUCCCGCCAUUGCCGGCUUCAUGAGUGGCUCUGCGAUCACCAUCACCAUUGGUCAAAUGCCCAAAUUGUUUGGCAUCAAAGGCAUCAAUACACAAGAGUCUUCCUACUUGAUCUUUGGCAAUUUUUUCAAGCAUCUUCCUGAUACAAAAGUGGAUGUCGCGUUUGGUCUUGUGAGUAUGGUCUGGCUGUAUGGCGUUCGCUAUGCAUGUCAGGUACUCGGCAAGCGCUAUCCCAAGUAUUCCGUGCAUCUCUUCUUUUUCAGCAUCAUGCGUAACGGUAUUCUUGUCAUCUUUGGCACUCUGAUCGCCUUCUUGAUCAACAUUGGCAAGUCCACUAGUCCCGUCAGCAUCCUCAAAACUGUGCCUCCUGGAUUCACUGCGAUGGGCGUGCCUGUCAUUCGCACAAAUGUCAUUGCAAGUAUCGCUAGCUCACUGCCUUCCGGUGUGAUUAUCUUGAUCUUGGAGCACGUUGCGAUUGCCAAGUCAUUCGGUCGCAUCAAUGACUAUACAAUCGAUCCUGACCAAGAAAUCAUUGCUAUCGGUUUCACUAAUAUCUGGGCUGCUUUCUUUGGUGCUUACCCAUCUACCGGUUCCUUCUCUCGUACUGCCAUCAAAGCCAGAUCUGGUGUCAAAACCCCCAUCGCUGGUAUCUUCUCUGCACUUGUGGUCUUGUUGGCUCUUUACGCUCUGACUCCUGCUUUUUACUAUAUUCCUGAUGCUGUCUUGGCUGCCGUAGUCAUCCAUGCUGUCGCUGAUUUGGUUUCUGGCCCUAGUUACAUCAAGCGUCUCGCUGCUGUGAGUCUUUGGGAACUACUCAUCUUUGUUGCCACUGUUGUCAUCACCUUCUUCACCACUGUCGAGUAUGGUAUCUAUGCCUCAGUUGGGAUGUCUAUUGUCAUUCUCUUGUUCCGUAUUGCUCGUCCCAGAUUCUGGGGUUUAGGCCGUAUUCCUCUUAGCACUGCCAUCAGUUCUGUUGUCAAUGAAGAUGAAAAGAAGCAGCCUCCAGCCGUUCACUCUGAUUUGCAAAACUAUCUCUAUGUUCCUGAAGGCCACCCCUCGCUGGGCAAACUGGUCGAGUCGCUGCCCGACGGCAUCCUCAUGUGCAAAGUCGAUGAAUCCUUCACUUAUCCCAACUCUAGCUAUAUCUCUGACAAGAUUAUCACCUAUUGUAAAAAGCGCACUCGUUCUGGUGGUAAGGUUUUGAGCAAAGGUGAUCGCCAAUGGAACGACGAUGCUACUCCUGCUGUGAUUGCUGCCCGUGAAAGCUUACCUCGCUUGCAUGCGUUGAUUUUGGACUUUGCCAGUGUCAAUCGAUUGGAUUCUAGCGGUCUUCAAGCCAUUGUGGAUGCUCAAAAUGCCCUUAAUCGUUACAGUGGUCAGCACGUCGAAUUUCACUUUGUCAACAUUUUAAAUCCUGCUAUUCGUCGCUGCCUGAUUGUUGCACAGUUUGGUAAUCAACCUAGACCUGGAGAGAAUCGCCAGGAAGUCUUCCCAGUUGUUCCCGCUUCUCGUGAUGGACCUCAAAGAGAUGUUCCUGAACACCAAGCAACUGAUGCGGAAAACCAGAUUCCUAGCAGCAGCACCACGGAUGAUGAAUGCUAUUCUGACUCUGAAGAAGUUCAAAAGGAACAUACCGAAUUCGUCGAGGUUUCGUCACCCUCCGUUGAGAACUAUUCCACUUUGGAUGGUAUUCAACUGCCUAAAGAUCGUUAUCCCUUCUUCCAUUGGAGUAGUGAUGAGGCCGUACGUUCUGCUGUCGCUUCUAGAGGCCUUCGUGAAGAAGUCGAGGUAGAUGAACAGAUGGAUAUUAGCAAUAGUGUGCCCGCUGGUCAUUAA